AUGCCGGCGGGCGAGGAUACGGUCGGCCGUUUCUUGGCGUGGCUGGACCUGGCAGGCCGAGGCGGCGGAGUUCGAGUCGCAGCGGCGGCCAUCGCGUUCUACCAUGCACAGAAGGGCCUCAGCAAUCCAUGCGGCGGCGCCAAGGUCAAGCUCGUCGUGGACGGUGUGGAGCGAGCGUGGAGCGCCAAAGCGGUCAAACACAGGAGGGACCCCUUCCCGGUCGAGGCCCUGCAGGCGUGGGUGCGCGGCAGGGCGUUCGGCAGCGGGAUCCCCUCAGCACGACGCGACGCCUGCCUGGUGGCGUUCGGGCUGAGGACGAUGCGGCGGGGGUCGGAGCUGGUGGCCUUGCGACUUGAGGACGUUCGGGUGACGGGCAAGAGAAUCGUGGUCUGUAUUCGAAAGGCCAAGAACGACCAGCUCGGUCGAGGCAGCGAGGUCUACGUCGACGCCACUGGAUCGGCGGUGUGCCCGUGGCUAGCGGUGCGAGGCAGGCAGCCGGGCCUGCUGUUCACGAACGUCAGCGGAUGGCCGUUGUCAACCAGCGCCAUCAGCUCGAUCUGCCAGCGCAUGGUCGCUGCGGCCGGCCGAAAGGAGUUGGUCACGUUGCAUUCGCUGCGUAUCGGCGGGGCGACGGCGGCGGUGGAAGGCGGCCUGACGCGCGAGCAGACGAUGACCAUUGGUGGGUGGAACUCCGGAGCGGUGGAUUGGUACCUGCGCGCGCGGGAGCUUGCCACGGUGGGCGUCUCGAGGAGGAUGGGGCUGUGA